GAGCACCGUCUUGCUAUCGCUUUCCAAACGCGUCACAUGCGUCUCGUCUGCACCUGCUGUUUCCCCCCGGUGCUCGUCUGCACCUAACCACGCUCGCGUCAACCUUCCAAAGCAUUUGCUUCUGCGGCCGUUCCAAGGCGAUGGCGCACGCCCAUAAUCAUCAUGGACAAGGGCAUCACAGACUGACACGGCAUCGCCGUACCUUGUUGCCUCGUCUCCCUCUCCUCACAUGUCUUACGUUGCCGUUGCAUCGUCGUGCGCUUUGCCGACAUUGUCUUGCACUUGUCUUCCGCUAGCAUGGCACUCUCCGUCGAGUCGUUGAAUGGAGACACUUCCUUUCUCCUUACCUUUGAUCCACCCGCAGCCCCACUAUCGUCACCAGGGUUGUUCCCAGGCUCCUUCACGAUUCUGGUUGACCCCUGGCUGUCAGGGCCGUCAAUCAUCCUAAACUCCAUCUUCUCGCAUUCUGAGCAAAGAGCAAAACCUUCCAUAUCGAGCCUCAAAGACCUUGACCGCGAACCCGAUCUCGUGCUUAUAUCUCAAGACAAGCCGGACCACUGCCAUGAAGCCACAUUGCGCCAACUUCCACCAGAUUCGGAGACGACUAUUCUAGCCAUCCCAUCUGCAGCCAAAAAGAUUCGGUCGUGGAAACACUUCCGUCCCAACCUUGUACAUGCUCUACCAAAAUACGUCGAGGGCGAUGGUCGGUCUAUACACCGUGUAGUAAUACCGCCACCGUCUCCUCGAGGGACGUGUGGUGAGAUAACCGUAACUUGGAUUCCAGCGAAACGAGACCUAUCCAAAGUACACCACGCCAUUGGAAUAACAUAUCGGCCUCCGUGUACUGUGCUCUCAUCGCUUAGUCCAAUGCACUAUAUCGACCUGCCCAUGAGCCCGCCCCCCUCACCAGGAUCCCCUAUGACCAUUGCCUCAUCACCUCGUACAAUAGUGCCGUCGCCCUACAAUGAUCGUGAGAAGACUUUGUCCGUCAUCUAUUCGCCUCACGGUGUGUCAUACGACGUGAUUCGUCCCUACGCAAGCUCGUACCUUGUCUCGGAAUCUGCCCUUCCACUCACAGCGCUUCUGCAUUCUUUCGACUGCGUGGAGAACCCUUGGUGGCUGGGAGGCAACAUAUCUGCUGGAAGUCCCGGUGGCACUGAGAUUGCCAAGAGUCUUUAUGCCAAAGCAUGGAUCUCUGCCCACGAUGCAGACAAGGACAAUCGAGGCUGGGCAGUCAAGUUGACACAGAUUGCACAACACGCAGUCGACGAAGUGAAGAAGAUGGUGGAAGAAGGUGUUGUCAGGAAGAAGCUACCCAACACCGAGAUCAUAACACUGGGUUCUGGAGAGAAACAUCGGAUCGCUGUCGGAUGAAGAUGGCGCCAUUAUCAAAAGCCCGAGGCUACUGCUUGUCUAGCAUGUCCGGCCAAUACACGACCGGCCACCACCGAGGAAGGUGUUAAGGGAGAUUGCCAUGUUGGAUCACAUUUCAGACAUAGAUUGUAAUGCUGAGGCCCGGGCUCACCA